AUGGUCCUUCCAGGAUGUGUCUCAAGCAGAGCUCUGCGCAGCCGAUUAUUACAGCAACAGCUCACGCGCUCCAUUACUCGACAAGCUGCACCAUGGACAACUUCGACAACUAGGCGAUUUUCCUUGACUUCGGCGCAAUCCCGCAACGAAUUUUCUCCCCGUCGAGAUCAUGAAUUUCGCAAAUCCAAACCCAAAUUCAAAUCUGCGCCCUGGUCCAAUCGUCCAGGCAAAACUUCCGUCUCGAGCACUCCGUCCCAGAAGAUAUUUGAUCGAGGAUUCGGACACAUAGGCGAUGAUGAUUUGUUGAUGGAAAUCGCGCAAGAAAAGACGCAAGCUGUGAAUCGCAAACGAGUUCGCCUAGAGAUGGAAUGGGUGAAAGAUCCGCUUCUGUUAGCCACGCGAGUCUCUUCUGCUUUGCGCGCUGGAAAUCCAGAAAUGGCAGCGAGGCUGGCUCGCGAGGCAGUAAAGGAGUCACCAGGUGACAAAUAUACUGUCGCAUGGAAUCGUAUCUUUCAAUAUUGUAUGGACCGGGGGCACCCCAAGCCUGCCUUGAGAUUUUUCAAUGAUAUGAAAAAGCGCGCCGGAAAACCUAACACUCGAACCUUCACUAUCCUACUUACUGGGCUUCGGAAAGCUCCGAAAAUACCUGGCUUCAAUAUUGUGAAAACCGCUGAACAUAUCUAUAACUCGAUUUCUGCGACAAACUCUGAAGUCAAACUCGAUAUAAUCCAUACAAAUGCUAUGCUGUCGGUCUGCCAGUAUCACGGCGAUGUUGAUUCACUGUGGCGCAUUGCCGGAGAGCUCUCGGAGCAGGGGUCCGGUGCACCGAAUAUGAGAACCUAUACGGUCAUUCUAGGCGCUCUACAAUAUGCAGCCCGCGACGAUGUGAAAAGGAUGGAUGCUUAUGAUAUCAACGGUAUCUUUGCGCGAAAAAAUCAGCUGAUGAUUGAUGCGAAACGAAUUUGGGCCGACAUUAUUCACCGGUUCAAGGAUGGGGAUGUAUUGCCUGAUAACCGUGUGGUGAACAGCAUGGCCGAAUUACUUCUAGAGGGUGCCACUGAGCAGAAUUACUAUGAUGUUUUCUCUUUAUACAAUCAAACCAUGGGUAUUCCAAUCCUCUGCCCCCGCCUUUCAGCAAACGCCAAAAACAGGCCUUCCAUCGUUUGGGAGGUUAAGCAACGAAGAGAGGGUUACCAAGCACCCGAGGAAGAGAAUGUUCCGUUUGUCGACGAGAACAACCAAACUCUGAAGUUGGGCAAGGAUGGAAACCGACAGGAAGAGCUUAUUCGUGGACCAAGAGAAGAGACGUCGGAUGUUGAGGGGGAAGAAGAGGUUGAAGAGAACUUCGAUGAGCUUUUCGAACCUCUUGCCGAUGGGCCUGUUCCAGAGCUCCGACCGAACAACAAAGAUCUUACUCUCAUUAUAGAUGCAUGUCUCAGCAUGUCGCAAGGCCUCGGGCCGGGUGCUAAAUACUGGAAGCAUCUUACGUUGGAAUCAACGCCAUAUAAGAUCCAACCGGAUAGUGCUGCGACUAUGCAUUUAUUACGUCUACUUCGCUUGUCACGAGCAAGUAAAAUGUCCGUUCAAGUCAUUCGGGACCAACUACUGCCGCUAGGAGAAGUAGAUGGAAAAGCGUUCCACAUUGCUCUCUCUGCUUGUCGCCGUGAUAACCACAAUCACGCCUGUCUCGUCAACGGAAACGAGAUUAUGAACAUGAUGGGUAAAGCUUUGAUUCUGCCUGAUCCUCGAGCUCUGGAGAGCUACGUCGAUCUUGUCAGGAGACUUGAACGCCUGCCAAAUAUUCUUAUGUAUUUGAAAGGCCUCGACAUUGAUGAAAAGCGCGAGGCACGCAACAUGCAAUCAUUAGGCAAGAAGCUGUAUGUCAAGCUUCAUUUACUUGCAAUUGAAACUCUCCGCCCUCAUAUUGCCAAACUCCACGAGGCUGUAGAGAAUGGAAAACCGGCUCCGCUCACUCGUUGGAAUUCGGUCGCCGGCGGGAAGGAGAAGGUACAUUCCCCUGUCCAAGGACUUAUGCUUGUGAAGACAAUGCCUCACAUCCGUCUCAUGAUUGACGAGCUUUUGAAGUCUGAGUACUCCUCUUUCAUCUCGAAAGCCGAACGUCAAGCUCUCCAGUCUGAUUCUAAGCUGCUGAAGCCAUACUCUGACCAAGCCACAAUUGAGAAGCUCAGCGGCGAAGUUGUCUUCCCCACACAGGAGCAGCGCACCGCGCACCGCGAGGCAAACGGAGGAUUUCAAUUCCCUGAGUUAGAGGAGAAUGCUGGAGGGGAAGAAGUGGAGACUUCUCCCUCGGACUCCAAAUCUGAAUCUUGA